AUGCCUUACAAUUCCAACCGUCGAGUCAAUACCCCUAUGGCCAGUCAGCCCAGCCGCACAGUUUCAUACAAUUCAGGUGGUCUUAAUGAGAGAUUCAGUAAAAUUGUAAACAGUCAAAAAAGCAAGCCCAACCCUACCACAACACGUCCUUCUGGUCCCAGCACUAAUUCCAGUGUAUUCAGUCGUCUUCGUGGCGCCAAACCUGUUCGUGCAAAGAACACGAUUCAAAGUCGACUUGGAAAGAUUGGUGGAGGAGUAAAAAAGAGUAAUAAAGUGACAGCUGUUCGCAAACAUGUUGUAACAAAGAAGAAGACAACAAUCGGUAAGAAACCAGUACAAAAGAAAAAGGUGGUCAAGAAACCCGCUUCUGCACAAGAUCUUGAUAAAGCUUUGGAUGAUUAUAUGAUGAAGGACCCAAAAACUAUGCAAGCAAGAUUGGAUGCUGAUAUCACCUCUUACAUGGCCGAAGCAGAGGAUAUUCUCAUGGAUGACAACUUGUAG